AGCUCUCCGCGCUCGUUUGUGGUGCCGCGCUAUUUGUUUCCGGCCGCUGCACACGCACACGCACACGCACACACCACCACUCGCAUCGCGUGACGGGCGAACUGCUCCAUCGCAGCAACUCUCCUGUCGAUUUAUUUGUUUGGUUGUUUGUUUCAGCCGGGGUUGUUGUUUUUCAUGUUUAUAGUUUUUUUUAAGCACCGCGGUUCGACACGGAAUUCUUUCUUACCUUUUAUGCUUCGUUCUAGUACGAAUCCUAUUACUCGUCUUGUUACUUCUACACAUCUGUAUCGUUCUGCAGAGUCACAAUGGACGGACUUGCAGUAGCGCAGCGGCCCGCGUAUGCAGGCCGCGCCAUCGGAGAAGCGGAUGCCGCCGCCGCCUCGUCCGCCUCGCCAACGCUCUCCUCGCCUUCGAGUGCAAUGGCAGCUGCCGCCACGGCACGAACGGCAGCAUCCACGCAAGCCUCCCUCGCUGACCGGAGCCGUGCGUGGACCGCCGGCUUUCAUCAAUUAGCGCAGGACUACGAAGCGCAGCUGACGCAGCUCGUCGACGCGUACGCGCGUGUCGCGUCGGGCGGUCUCGCGCUAGGCGGAAAAGCUGACACCGCGGAUGGGACAGACGCGGCGGGAGCUGCUGCGCCGCUGCUUUCCCCGCACCUGCGCCGCCGCGGGUUGGGCGGUGAUGCGCGGGAAGACGCCGCCCUGGCCCUCGACAUGGACGACCUCCGCCGUGCGGAGCGUGAACUGCUGCUGCAACUGCAAGCCCGUCAGCGUGCGUCGCAGCGCGCGAAGAAGUCAGCGGUGCCGAAGCAGCGCGGCAGGCCGGCGGCGACUUCUACGGCGGAAGCGCCGGGUGUGGCGGGUGCAGCGGCCCAUCGCAGCAGCACGCAAAGCUCGCGCACCACGCAAGACAAGGCAGACGGGACCGCAGCUGUCGAUGCCGCGGAGGCGCCUCCGUCGAUUCCGGAGGAGGUGAUGAACCUCUUCCGACGUGCGCGGCAACGCACCGCCGCCGCCGCGCACCCGGACGGAGACGCGGAGAAGCAAGACGCCACGAACGCCGUGCCCAGCGCGGCCGGCACCAAAUGCGAUGGCGACGCGGCGGACGCGGAGGAGGCGACGGCGCUGGCACGGCUGUGUGUGAAGUACUUCUUUGCCUCGGCGACGACGCCGCCGCUGCCGACAGCUCCCGCGGCGGCAUCGCCACCGCAACAACCGCAGCAACCGGACCAGUCGUGGUCACCUCCCGGGAGACGCCGAUCCUCACGUGAAGGCUUUUUGCAGAGCAACGCCGCAGAUCUUCCAUCCCAGCAGCAGCAGCAGCAGCAGCAGCAGCAGCGUCGACGUCGAGGGGAGAAGGCGUCAAGCCUCAGCCUCAUUGACUCCUCGAUAUUUCCCCCGCCGGAUCUUCACCCACACACCGCAAAACCAAAGCAGCAGCACCAGCAGCAACGCUCGUUACACCACAGCUCUUCUCUCCUCCCCGGUGAAGCCGGCAGCACCACGGGCGAGGGCAGCAUCUCCAUCUCUCUCAGCAGCCCAACAGCGUGGCGGAAGUUGAUCGACAAGCGCACCACCGCCGCCGCUACGGCUGCCGAUCACGGACAACUGUCCGGCAUCAGCCCAUCCACCACAGCACGAGCCCCUCCCAUGCGAGACCAACCCGGUCCUCUCCAAGGUGCAGCGCUGCCGAGCCGAGACGGAAGCCACUCCGCUGCGUUCCCCCCGCCGCGAUCGCACCUCACGGCGUCCACCACGUCGGAGGCGGUGGAGAGGAUGAGCAGCAGCGAAAGAGAUGACCCGCUGGGCGGCCGUCGGGACCUGCACAAGCCCGCGCAGCACCCAUGCCGGUCCACCAUAGAGCAGGCGCAACGCCUGCCGGCGCUACACCGGUGCGCGUCACCCGCAAACCCCGCUGACGCCACCACCGCAGCACCUGCCGACGCCCCCUCGCACCACUCAGCGUCGACGCCUCCACACGCCGCCCAGCAAGGUGCGCCGUCCAGCUCGCUGCGGCGUCUCCCGCGUGUGCCGCACGCUGGUGGUGCGGGAGGGAAAAAUUGUGGCCGCCCUGCCGGUGUUGUACCUCUUCCUCCCCCAGCAGCGGCCCCACGCGCCACGUCGCAGCCCGCGAAAGUAACGAAGCGGCACACAAAGGGUUUGCAGGCCCUCCCGGUGGAGCUCCCCCCGCACUACCACGGCGUGCACGGAGAGGCCCUUUCCACCGCAGAACUCGAGCGUCUCGUGAAGACUGUGGCCCGCGAGGGUGAGGCGGCGCAGGGAAGUCUCGACCGCACCUACCACGCCACCGACACCGCCGCCGCCGCGCUCUACGCUCUACAGCAGUCCCUUGCCCAUGUCUUGCUGGAGAACGUGCAGCUUGAGAAGGACAUCGCGACGCUCCGCCGAGCCCCGCCGACGACGCAGCCGCCGGAAGGAGUACGGGGAGACGCAAAAGAAGCAGCAGCGGAGGAGGAGGAGCGAGAGGAGACGACGGCGACGUCGCCGGCGCUGAUGCCGCCGCCGGUGCGGCACACGAUGUUUGCCCUCCCCGCCCCCACCUCCUCGUCCGCCGCCGCCGCGGCCUUCAGCAGCGCCCUCUUCACCAACGCCUCCCAUGGGCCAAAGGCGCAAAACACCAGCAAAACGACGCUGACGAGUAAACCGGAGAAGAUGCGCGUCGUAUCCAAAGGGAGGUGGGUCGUCACGCCUGCAAAUACCGCCACUGCUGCUGCGACGACAGCAGCGGUAGUGACGAUGUUGCCGCUGCCUGAUGCGGUGGAACGACGCAACGACGCGCUGGCCGUGCUGGAGGAGCUACGCGCAGCGGCAGCGGCCCGGGAAGCGGAGAACGCGCAGACGUUGGUGGAGAUCGACGCCCUGUCGACCCGCAUCGCACGCCACGACGCCCUGCUUCAGGCGAUCGCCGAGUACUGGCGUCGCAACGCCGCGGUGAUGAAGCGGCAGCAGUUCGCGGUGCAGGCGCAGCCGAAAACUGCAUCCGGCCCGGCCGUCUCCUGGCAGAGUGGGACCGGCGGCAGUGGUGGGCAGGAGGGUGGCAGGAGUGGCGAGGGGAGGCGUGCGUCUGGUCGGUCGUCAUCCUCUCCUUCGUCUUCGUCCUCUCGAUUGCCGUCGUCCACGUCGGGCGUGCAGCGCAGCGGCAGCAGCAGCAACGGCAGCUCUGUCAAUCAAACAGAGGCCUCUGUUGGGAUGCCGACACUGUUGGAGUCGCCGUCGCAGGUGGAGCGGGCGCUGGCCGACAUGGAGGCGGUCUCGCCGAUGCUGCCCAGCAGUGCCGUCUCCUUCGAUCUGCACUGCAGCCCUUCGCGGACGACGGACAACUCCUCCGCCCCGCCCACGGUGCGCGCGUCAAAGCAGGUUACGGUGCGGCAACCUCCGUACGAUGCAGCCGCCACAGCGGGAGAGGAGCAGGACGACGUGCAGUCUUCGGAGCAGCGAAGCCCAAAGCUAAACGGUAAUCCGAAUCGCGCCCCCCACCACCACCACCACCACCACCCGCCGCAGCAGCAGCAACCGCACAACCGCACGCAACGUGCAGGCGUACUGUCCGACAGCUCCUUCCCGUCGUGCGUCACGUCGAGCGGUCCUACAACGCUGACGGGCACGACGGGGGCCACCGUUCGUACGCUGUUCAGUUCGCCCGAGUCGGCCUCGGAGAGCGACAGCGACGGGGUGGAGAGGCCACAACCGAGCGCGUCAACGGUAAACGCCAUCGAUAGCUGCGGAAAGGGGAAAGAAGAAGACGCAGCCGAAGAACGCCAUGGAAACACGUUGGCCACGGAGGACUCGGUGGUGACCUCCUCGCUGCAAGCGACGAACAGCGGGAUGGAACUCGUGGUGUCUGGGCAGGCGGUAAAGCCGAUCGCGCUGGCCGCCGGGUCUGCCGCGUCGCAGCAGCACGAAAGUCACCCUCGGCCCACUGCUGGGAGUUACUUCACCAGUACGAGUGCGAGUCGACGCGGGGAAGAGGAGGUGCUGCAGGUGGGCUGCUGGCGAACCAUCCCCGCCUUGCAGCUGGAGAAGGUGGACGAGAUUGCCGAGUUUAUCUACAGCGUGUUUGAGCGAGCGUGA